AUGGAACAACCGACGAACAAAACGAGACGUCAAAACAAAGGUCUAUCAAGGCCUGGCCAGGAUACCGGUAUGAGGAAAAGUCCGUGCCCCUCGCCUCACUCUUCAGAGCCUUUUCCAUCUAUCUGCCCAUGUCGGCAUCUGGGCGUUGGGCGUUGGGCGUUGUGCAUUGGGUUUUGUAACCGGAAGUUGGUGAGAUCGAUCCAAGAUGAGGAUGUGCCAGCCAGU